GAAGAAUUGUUCCACUAGACUAGGGGCUUCAAGUUUCCAAACCUGAUGUAAUAUCCCAUUUGGAACAAAGGUGAGAUUCAUGGAUUCUGAAGAGAAAUGACCCAAGAGGCACAUUUCUGGAUUGGAAGACACGGGCUGAGAUGAAGCAUUCAACUUCAAAGCAAUACAUUUCCAAAGAAUCAUCAUUCCAGGGCAUAAUAAUGGAAAGAAUUAAAAUGGAUGGAUCUUGGAAUUCUGAGUUGGAAGAAACUUUGGAAUUUGAAGGUAGUAUAGAGAGCCUACAGGGAAAACCCAACAAGCUACUGCAUCAAGUGAUAAUGCAUAGAAAAACUAUAACUUGGGAGAAAAGCCCUGAAUAUAAUGAAUUUGGGGAAAGCCUCAAUCUAAGUUCAAACCUGGUAACACAGCAAAGAAUUUUUACAGGUGAGAAACCUGAUAAAUAUGAUACACAUGAAAAGAACUUCAAACAUAAUUUGGAUACAACUAAACAUCAAGGAAUCAACACAGACAAGAAAUCUUGUAAAUGUAGUGAAUGUGGGAAAGCCUUCAGUUACUAUUCAGACCUUAUUCGACAUCAGCGAACUCACACUGGAGAGAAACCAUACACAUGUAAUGAAUGUGGAAAGGCAUUCAGUGAUCCCUCACCUUUUAUUCGACAUCAGAGAAUCCAUACUGGAGAGAAACCCUAUGAAUGUAACAGAUGUGGAAAGGCUUUCAGUGACUCAUCAACCUUUAUUCAACACCAGAGAAUUCACAGUGGAGAAAAGCCUUAUGAAUGUAAUGAAUGUGGGAAAGCAUUUAGCCAAAAAAAGCACCUUAUUCAGCAUCAAAGAAUUCAUACUGGAGAAAAGCCUUAUGAAUGUAGUGAAUGUGAGAAAGCAUUCAGCCAGAGGACCCAACUUAUUCAACAUCAGAAAACUCAUACUGGAGAGAAACCCUAUAAGUGUAAUGAAUGUGGAAAAUUCUUCAGCCGGAGCACACACCUUACUGAACAUCAGAAAACACACACUGGAGAGAAACCCUAUAAAUGCAAUGAAUGUGGGAAAGCUUUCACUUAUCGCUCAACCUUUAUUCGGCAUCAUAUAAUUCAUACUGGCGAGAAACCCUAUGUAUGUCAUGAAUGUGGGAAAGCCUUUAGUCAAAACUCUAUCCUUACUGAGCAUCAUAAAACUCAUACCGGAGAGAAACCCUAUAAAUGUAAUGAAUGUGGGAAAGCUUUCAGUUCUUGCUCCUACCUUAACCAACAUCAGAAAACUCAUAGUGGAGAGAAGCCUUAUAAAUGUAAUGAAUGUGGGAAAGCCUUUAGUUACUGUUCAUCCCUUACUCAACAUCAGAGAGUUCAUACUGGAGAGAAACCCUAUGAAUGUAAUGAAUGUGGGAAAGCCUUCAGUUGUUGGUCCAAUUUUAACCAACAUCAGAAAACUCAUACUGGAGAAAAACCCUACAAAUGUAACGAAUGUGGAACCGCCUUCAGUCAGAGCACACGUCUUACUCAGCAUCAGAGAAUUCAUACUGGAGAAAAGCCCUAUGAAUGCAAUGAAUGUGGAAAAUCUUUCAGUCUAAGCACUCGCCUUGUUGAACAUCAGAAAACUCAUACUGGAGAGAAGCCUUAUAAAUGUAGUGAUUGUGAAAAAGCCUUCAGCCGGAGCACCCACCUUACUGAACAUCAGAAAACUCAUACUGGAGAGAAACCCUAUAGAUGUAAUGAAUGUGGGAAAGCUUUUACCUGUAGUUCAUCCCUGGUCAGACAUCAAAGAUUACAUGUUUGA